AUGCGUAUCCGAACUUUAGCAGGAAAGUUCUUCUGCAAUCUUCUGCAGGAUACAUUGAUUACAUCGCCUAAACAAACUACUUCUGUAACUAAGGAUAUUUCCAUUACUUCGCCUGACCAACCACCUAGCAGAAAGCGUGACUUGCGUGAUGUAUUCAAGGAAAAUAUUAUAACUGAGAACAUCCUUUCGAAGUACGAGUCAACUGGUAUAUUGACAGAGUAUGAUCGGGGCCACAUAGUGGAGAGAGCUGUACAGUAUCUUUUGCAAUUGAAUCCAAGACCAAGCCAUCAGGAACAAGCACUUCUAGCCGGAAAAAUUUGUCAUGUUUUUAAGUUUGAGGAAACCACUUCCUACUAUGUAGCACCCAGUUCAACGUGCAAGAAUGCAACCUCUAAGAUUCCUAUCAAGAUACAAAACAUCAGGUACAGUCUAAAGAAACGCAUGGACGGUGUUCCAGUAAAAUUUGACUUCAGUGCGCAUUCGAACAAGGAUGAGCUCACAAAGCUUGCAGGAUCCUGUGAUAAGGAAGAUGAAGAUGUUUUGACAGCGCUCCUUGCUCUGAAACAUCUAAACACUGACUCCUGGCCAGAUAUUCUCAAACAUUGGACUGCAACUCAUCGCCUACGUCGCCAACAACUCUUUGAGGAAAUACAGGGUGAUAAUGACUCAGAUCCUCGGUACCUUGAAGUUGAAGAGUAUUUUGAGAUAUACUCAAUUUUAAAGGCACCUAAUGGAUACAUGCUUCUUUGCCAAGUCUUUGCUGAACUUUACCCUGGUAGGGAAAACUGCCUCUUGGCAUUAUGGGAGAAUUAUUGCCCAUCCAUUAUAUCUUUGGUUGAAGAGGAAACUGCUAAAAAUGACUCUGUCACUCUUGAAUUGCUAAGUGCAGUAAAUAAGGUUAAAGGAGAUGCGUAAGAUGCCUUGGUGCUAGCUUUACUUCCCAAUCUUUGUGGCAAAAUGGGAAGAGGUAAUUCUCAAAAGAACAUUCUGCCUAUUCCACUUGUUCGGAAAUCUUUUAUUUUGCAUGUCAAGGUGCCUGGUGACAUUUCACGGGAAGUGCGAAACUAUUGCUCUUUGAAGCAACAAAAUUUGAAGUUCCAACCCAUACUUAUUGCUGUUGGUCCAUCAUUAUCGGAAAUGAGUGGAUGGUAUGUCCAGAUAGAAGAUACCCGUUACUAUUUUAAGACAGGCUUGGCUGCAGUGGACACUUGCCUGAAGGCGUUCUUUGCAUUGGAUAUCGGAUACCCCUCAGCAUCAUAUGAAGUCUGGUUGUUCAUCCAGCAGUGCUUCUUCAAGAUACGCAUCCGCAAAGAUGAGAACCAUCCACGGGUAACUUCUGUCAUCAGCACCUUGAAGAGCAUGAUGCACUGUAAGGGAUAGUUUUAAGGUUUAUGAAACCCUUCAUUCAUUUGAGUUAGAAUUACAUUUUUUAUAUCUAAAUUCUUAAAAUUAGGUUAAAUUGAAAAUCUAAUUAAUUUAGAACUGACCCGAGAUUUGUUUACAAGUCUUAGAUGAAAUGUAGUGAGUUUUAUUAGCUUGAAAUUUUUAGACUUGUCUACUAGGCUUACAUUAAUUUUGAUUACUUUCACUAGCUUUGAAUGUUAAUCACCAUAAUUUAAUAAUGGCUUUUACUUGUUCAAUUUGUAAUACUGAGUCACCAACUAUCUUGGGCCUUUGUAGCCAUAUCAGAAUGAUUCACCCUCUUGGUUGUUUGUCUUCAUACAAAUGCUGUUUCUGCCCGAAUAAGGUGUAUGGGACAGUGAGCCUUUUAAGAAAGCAUCUGGUUAAGCAGCAUUCUGCAAAUGAAAGAGAAGUUAUUGAUAGUGUAGAGGGUGCAAACAU